GUCUGUAGAGGCGGUAGAGGGUUUCGUUGUUGCUCUUCUGUAUUUUUGUGUAUAAAUUAAACAGUUCAUCAGUUGUUCUUUUAUUUAUCAAUUAGCAUAUACUAUAUACAAACGGAGAUGAGAAAUAUUCUAGCUCUAUUGUGACUAUAGUGAAUCAUCUAGACUGAUCAUUUGUUUUUGUGGUCUCAACACGGUAUUCCUCUCACAGCAGCAAAAUGAGCGGCGUGGAAAGUUGUAAAACUAUUGGAAUUUGGAUGUCGGAGAAGAAAAGCCAGAAAGUGAAUUGGAAGGAACUAAUAAAUGCUUGUACAAAUCACGGAUAUAGUAUUGUAAAGGUGGACCUUGAGAGGCCUUUAGAAGACCAGGGUCACAUCGACGUGCUUCUCCACAAGCUGACAGACAUCAUAGCUGCGGCAGAUCAAGGUGAUUCCAAGGCAUCAGCAGUCAUCAGUAGAGUGGAGCAGUACUUGUCCAAUCAUCCGGAUAUAACUGUCAUUGAUCCUUUGGAUAAUGUUAGGAUAUUGCUCAACAGAUACUGCUACUACUCAAUACUCCAAAACGAGCCGACAUUCCAAAACCAGGGUAUAUUCACACCCACAUUCGCGGAAUUCACCACAAACGACACAGAAAUGAAUGCAGCCAUAAUGAGACAGAGAGGCGUGGUGUUCCCGGUCAUAUGCAAACCUACGAUAGCCCACGGUUCUAAGUCGGCACACGAAAUGGUGGUGAUAUUUAAUGAGAAGGGCCUCAGUGUGUGUAGACCUCCGUGCGUUGUGCAGAGUUUCGUGAACCACAAUGCGGUGCUGCAUAAAGUGUUUUUAAUAGGGAACAGAUACCAUAUUUGCAAACGGCCAAGUUUAAAAAAUUUCUACGCCUCUGAAGAUCUCGAGCCAAUAUUUUACAGUACGGGUGAGGUUUGCAAAGCGGAUAGCCAGUCAACACUUUCAAUCUUAGACCCUCAGGAUAAGGCUGAUAUUAGAAUGACACUAAACGAGGAAAAAAUUAAAAGUGUCAUAAGGGUUCUCAGAAGAGAAAUAGGCUUACUAUUGGCUGGUUUCGAUGUUGUCAUAGACAACGAGACUGGUGACCAUGCAGUCAUAGACAUAAACGUUUAUCCGAGUUACGAUAAUUUUCCCAAUUUUUUCGAUCAUUUAUUAGAUUGUAUAGACGAAACAGUCUAUAGGAAUCGGUUUAGUAAUGGUGAUUCUAGUCAUAGGAUGAAUGGGCUGGUCAAUGUUUGUUCGCUGCAAGAAUGUGUAGAAUUUGAGUAAUUGUUCAAGGGUGAUGAGUGAGGGUAUGUAAAUUUAUGAGAAAUCUUUAGCUAUGCUAGGAUUGGUUUUGGUCUAGCCUUUGGGAUGUGGAGUUGAGACUGUGGACGCUUUGUGUGAAAAGCAGUACCUUUGUCAAAUCACCUAGUAGUCCUGGGACUCUGACUUAGCCAUCGAUGGAUCUUAGUCAGAAGCGGACCCUGGGCUCCUCCCGACCAGGAUAAACGUCAGGAGGAUGAUGAUGGUACGGAAACAUGCCAGUUCUUGCUCGAAAAUAGUGAACAUUUAAAAUUGAUAAUGCGUGCGGGUGCGCUUUGUUUUUUUUUUAGGAAGAUAAUUCAGUAUCUGUUUCUGUUUUUGAAGAAAAGUAACUUAUGCAUUCGCUAUUGCAUUUCAGAAUUUGUUCAUUCCAGUAACUGUUUUUAAUUUAACGUAUUUUUAUACUAAUUUAAUAUGUACUACUAAUUAUAUUAUUUACGUAAAUGUUAUGCUAAUUUUUUUACGAAUGUGUCAAAUAAAGUUUGUUUGCUAACGAUUGGCGUCAAGCAAAUUAAGACGCUGUGAUUAUUGUCCGUUGAGUUCAAUUUCUUUUGAACUUAUUAAUCUUACUCGUACUUUAAAAUAAUAUAUGACAGAUUAAGGGUAUGUAUGGCAACAUAAAUAGCAAUAUUAAACUCAUGUAUUAUGUAGAUAUAUUCAGUAAAUUUAUUUUUGUAUGAUCAAUUAUUGUAAUCUAUUUACGCUAGACUAAUACGACUCACUUAAUAGUUAUUGUUUAGAGAGAUGAGCAAGUGAAACAACUAUAUUUAGUGCCUAUAGAAACUGUUAACGCAAACAAAUAUUUUCUAAAUAUAAACUUUUUGAUGAUAAAAAUAUUGUGGUACUUCAUCUUAUGAAGUAUUUGUUGUACAAUAGACCUAUUAUAUUAACACAUCUGCGACCACCAAUAUUAGUAAUGAGUUAUUUUUUUCAGCAUAUAAUAAAAGCAGUAAGAUAUAAAUG